UUUCCCUAUAGCUAUUCUCAUCGUCGCUUGUGUUGAUAUAAGUCUCCGUUGGACUAGAAGUAGAGUUGCAGUCCUAUCGGCUCUCGAUCUCGAUCAAGACAUUUAUCUUUGCUUUUACUUGCAGCUGUAGAAGAUUCCUUACAUCAUGAACAAGACAAUUUUGCUGCUGUUGGUUGUCGCUAUGCUCGGAUGCGCAUUUGGCCGACCCCAGUUUGGUGGUCAAACUCCUUUUAGACCAGGAGGCAACUUUCAGUUUGGCGCAAAUCCAAAUCGGCCACCACCACCAGCCUUCCCGGGACAGAACUUGUUCAACACCGGAUCGGGGCAAGUGGUUGGAACCGGAACUGGUAUCGCUAACCCCAGCCCAGGUGGCGUCGGCAUUGGUCUCGGUAUUGGUGCCGCAGUUGCUUCCCCCGUUGGAAAUUUCGCCCUUGGUCAAGGACAAAGCGUCUCCACUGGCAAAUAAGGAAAUCACUAUUUGAAUCAUGAUGCGUUUAAUCAUGAAAAUUCUGUCGCGUUAUUUCGUCUUUCAAUAUUCUGUUUCUGUUGCGACAAAAGAAAUAACGUACGCCAAUAAAUUUACCGGGAAACAUUUUGCCGAGCAUCUUGCUGACCAGUUAACCUUGGCAUUCAGUCUUUUGAUUAUUAUUGUUAUUAUGUCUGGCAAUAUAUACAUAUGAUUUGAA